UUCACACUAUUGACAAAAAAUGGCUUACCACAAGACUAAGGAAAUUACAGUUCAGUUGUUAAACACCUCUUCAGAUAUACUAUUUUUUGUUAUAUUAUGUUGACAGUCAGCAGGUUGAUUGAAAAUAUAUACCAUCUAAUUUUAAAUAUGGCAAAGCCGGGGUAAUAUGUUUUUCAAGGAAAAAGAAUUAAACUUUUUGGUCUAAAAAUCCAAAUUCCAGGUCAUCAGGGCAGGAGGCAGCAACCCGAUUCCACCAAAAGUACAUUUAUAAAUAAACUAGAAAAAGGGAACAGCUAUAUCAGAUGAUCAGGAGGAAAAAUUAUGACGUAAAUUGUUUUACACCUUUGAGUACCAUUAUGCACACCGUCUGACAGUCAGUGAAAUUUAGGAGAAGGGUCUAGAAUGUGAUGGUGAUCUGAGAACGAAAGAAAAAAAUAGGUUUUAUAUUAUGUAACUGAUGUAAAAUGGACAAUUUUGAGGUAACCAACUCUCUGCUUAAUGAGGAAAAUAUACCAACCGUAUCUACAAACAUAUGUUCUGAUGCCAUGGAGAAUACACAGAAUCUUACUAACCAUACCAAUGUUAUGGUUGAUACAGCAUGUGUCAUGUUUGAAGAGAAAAAAGAAAUUAAUCCUAAUGGACCAUUGGAACAAAAUGAUCCAUCAAAUUCAAACAUAAACUCUUGUGAAUUUGGUGGUAAAAUAUUUGAUAUUCCUGCAAUUGGUCAAAGGAUGGAAGAAGAUAAUUUUCGUCCACCCAAAAAAUCUGAAGCUUCCUCUUGUGUAUUACAUUUAGAUGAGGCUGAAGAUAGUGAGCCAGAAUGUGAUAAACAGCAACACUCAAGUAGGCCUACAUUAGAUACAUGUACUGCAGAAAUUAUUGGUAUUAAUAAUCAAGAAACCCAGAUGGCUUAUAGUAGUAAUGCAACCAAACCAUAUUGUACAAAUAGUAAAGUCAUCUCAAAUAUAAACACCACAUCUACGGGAUCCAUAUUGGCCAUGAAAAAGGUUAAUAAUAGUGCACACCAUGGACGAUAUUCACGAAACAGAGGUGGAUUUGAUGGUUUAAAUGUGAAUCACUCGAAUGGGAAUCCCAUGUCUCACCAUCCAAAUCGCUUUUUGGAUUACUUCCGAUCUCGAAAAAUUUCUAGGACCGCUCCUAUAAACUCUGGAAAGCGAUCUAAUCAUUACAUAGUCGAAAAGACAGCUCGUCCAACAUCAUCAAAAUCAAAUUCAUUAUUUCGAUCAAAACAAACACUUCUAGCAAAUAUGAAAUCAUUUACUACCAGCACAGACAGUGGUCUUCAAAUAGAUGUACAGAUUGAUUCAGAUUCUAAGAAUUAUAAUAAUAUAUUGCCCAUACCAGUUUUGGUACAUGUGUUCAGUUAUCUCCCUCUUUAUGACUUAUUAUGUCGUGCUAGUCGUGUGUGUAGAUACUGGUACACAUCAGUUAUGGACCCAGCGUUGUGGAGAUAUGUAAAUCUACAGGAACAAAAGAGAUUAACAGAUGAUAUAUUCUUAAAGUUGACUGGUAUAAGUGAUAAUAUAUUGGGUAUAAAUUUAUCAUCUAGUGGUGGACAUUUACAGUCUAGUCCAGAUACAGUUACUACAUGUUUGCAAAGAAGCCCAAAUUUACGAGAAUUAAAACUGUCAAGAUGUUUUGAUAUGCCUGCUGAAGCCUUUAUAUCAAUUGGUAAUUUUUGUCACAAUCUUGUUCACCUAGAUCUUGAUAUCUGUUCUAAUGUUUUAAAUGAGACCAUUAUAGCUGUUGGUAAAGGCUGUUCCAAAUUGAUGGUACUAUAUUUGGGACAAUGUAGUAAUGUAAAGAAUACUGGUAUAGUUGAAGUAGCCAGGGGCUGUCCAUUACUUCAACAAUUACGUAUAGAACAGUGUGAUAAGAUAACUGAUCAAGGAGUUAUAGAGCUGACAAAAUACUGUCCAGAUAUCUUCUAUUUACAUAUGUUAUCAUGUAGUUUAACAGAUAGUAGUAUAUGUCAGCUAAUAAUGUUACCACAUUUAAGAAUGUUAGAUAUUUCUAAUGUUACUCAGCUCAGUCCCAAAGUACUGACUAAAGUUGUUGAAAAUUGUGUAAAGUUAGAAGUGUUAAAUGUGUCUUUAAACAGAGCAGUUGAUGAUGAAUGUAUAAAGAUGAUUGUAAAAUCCUGUCCUAAAUUGAGGAUUCUAUCUUGUGUAGCCUGUCGCCUCACUGAUAAAGCUUUAGAAUAUGUAGGUGAAUAUGGUCAAUGUGUAGAACAUUUAGACGUAGCUUGGUGUGUUGAUAUUACUAAUUAUGGCGUACAACAUAUCUCUGAUGCCUGUCCAUCUCUACGAUAUCUUGGUCUCAUGCAGUGCCGUAAAGUCACCUUUGAUACCAUAGAUGAAAUGAUAGAAAUCCAUCCAGAUAUUCAUUACUCUAAUUUUGUCACAGAAUCGCGAAGGAUUUUGAAAAAAGCCUGCAUGACAGUGGAUGAUGAAUUCCAAACACUGAAAGUUUUGAGCUAAAAGUGUAGUUAAUGCAGAACUCAGUUUUGAAAGAUUUAUUAUUGACAAAUGUGUUAUAAGCUAUUGGAAGUUUAUUUAACUCUCGUUUCAUGGAUCUUCAAGAAUUUCUAUUCAUCAUUUUUAAUCAUCCAAGAUUUCUCUUAUGAUUAUAACAAUCCACAAAAAUCACCUCAAAUGGUUUCUUGUAGAUGAUUGGGAUUAUUAUUGAUGUAACUCUAUUUUAACUAUUAUCUGAAUACUGCCAGUCUGACAAAUGGGAACUGAAAUUUUAAAAAUAUUUUGCAAGAAUUGUACAGAUUCAGAGGGUAAGGUUUACAUGGAUCUCUGCACAGGACAGAUUCUGAGAUCUUUGUGUAUGUUUUUAGAGCUGUGUUUUUUUCAAUGAUGAACUCAAUGCUAUAAUGAUUUGACCAGUACCUAUUAGACCUGUGAUAUCAUGAAUGUAAUUAUUUACUAAUGGUAAAUAUAAAAAACUUGUGUAGAAAAUACAUAUCUGUUCUUGAUUAUAGUACCAUAUUUAGUUUUGUCUAUCCAACUGUAAUUAUUGUCCUGGUUCCCAAUGUACAAAGAACAUGCAAGACUUAGAUAAUAAGUGGGUCUAUUUCAUGUAUGUUUUGUGAAAUGGGUCCACGUCUAUCAAUAGGCAUAAUAUCUCUACAUUUUAGAGAGCCCCCCGCCCCCAUAAUUAUUAUGGUUUGGUAAAUAGAGAUUAGUUGCCACUAAUAAAGGAGUAGCUCACACUUAAUAAGUUACCAAAGGAUAAAAGUGGGAUUUAAUGUAAAAAUUGAUUAACUGGUAUGAAUGUUUUAGCUCAAUAUUACAACAUAUUGAGCUAGUCUUGUUUAAUGGGGUUGCAACAAAACUUGACUUGUCACAUUGUGGAAAGAAAGUCUUUCAUUGAGUCAACUGGCGGGGUUUUGAUUCCCCAGCAGUAUGUGACAAGGACUAGGGUUGCCUGUCCAACUCGUGGGUUUUCUGGGGGUCCUCCGGUUUCCUCCCACUGCGAAUUAUUGAAAUAAAAUUGAACCAUGUGUUAGUCCCGAAAUGACCUAGUUUGUGUCAUGUGGACGUUAAACCCCAUUUCUCUCUCUCUUGUGGAAAGAAGGCUUUGGGAUUAUCCGUGUUGGACAGUUUGCUAGUACUUAGGCAAGUAUGUAGACAUAGUUAUCUUGUACCAUACACAAUAAACCUGUUCGAUUCAGUUAAAUAUACUGGAACACUGCUUCUCUAUCUAUAUGUACUAUGUAAUUUGUUCAGAUUGUGUCACUGUUGAAUUUCAGGUGCUUAUAUAUGCAUUACUAGAGGCCUAAAUAAUAAAUAUCGGUAAGCUUUA